AGGAGGAGGAGGAGGAAGGCGUUUAGGGGAGGGGCUGCCCAGCGGAGGAGGAAGAGGAAACAAGAAAGAGAGGAAGGAAGGAAGAGAGGAAGGAAGAAGAGGCAGAGGAAGGCGCUUCGGGAAGAGGAGACCCCUGAGCCACCAUGGAGGGAGGCACUGGAGGCGGCCAAUCCAUGGGCAACGACCGGGUGAAGAACCUCCAGAGCGAGGUGGAAGGAGUCAAGAACAUCAUGACGCAGAAUGUGGAGCGGAUGUUGGCCAGAGGGGAGAACCUGGACCACCUGCGCAACAAGACGGAGGACCUGGAAGCCACGUCCGAACACUUCAAAACCACCUCGCAGAAAGUGGCCCGCAAGUACUGGUGGAAGAACGUCAAGAUGAUCGCCAUCAUCUGCGUCAUCGUGGCCAUCAUCCUCAUCCUCAUCAUCCUCUUUGCCACUGGCGUCAUCCCCACCUAAGCCUCCACCGGACCUCCAGUGACCACUCCGUUGUGCCUUUGUCCACUCCGACGAUGAU